AUGACGUUCGGCUUCAACAACCAUGUUCGAUCCUCUGCACCUGACGGAGGGAAGGGACAGCCUGGUGUGACUGGAGAGGAGAGAGGACAGGAGAGGAGGACAGGUGCUCUGCAGCAACAACCCAACUACUGGAGCUUUAAGAGUCGUAGUCCACGUCACUCCCAGUCCACCCAGUCUGGGCUAGCUGACCAGGCCGCUAAGCUGUCCUUUGCCUCGGCUGAGUCUCUGGCUGAGACCAUGUCUGAGGCUGACAUCCCCCUGGGGUUCAGCCGAACCAACCGCUUCCGCCAGAGUCUGCCCCUGUCCCGCUCAGCCAGCCAGAACAAGCUGCGCUCCCCAGGCGUGCUGUUCCUGCAGUUUGGGGAUGAGACGCGGCGGGUGCACAUCACCCACGAGCUGAGCAGCCUGGACACGCUGCACGCCCUCAUCGUGCACAUGUUCCCCCAGAAGCUGACGGCGGGGAUGCUCAAGUCCUCCAACACGGCCAUCCUGAUCAAGGACGAGGCGCGCAACGUCUUCUACGAGCUGGAGGACAUCCGGGACAUCCAGGAUCGCAGUAUCAUCAAGAUCUACCGCAAGGAGCCCAUCUACGCCUCCUACCCCGCCACACACCUGGUCAACGGGGACCCGAGGAGGGAUCUGGUGUACACGUCCCGAGAGUCCUCCCCCACCCGCCGCCUCAACACCCUGCCCUCCUCCUCCGCCUCGCCACCCUCCGGGUCCCCAGCCCGCUCCCGUCUGUCCUACAGUGGGGGUCGGCCUCCCUCCUUCGCCGGGCCGGGCAGUCACCCCCAGCUCCAACAACACUCCCAGCACCAGCAGCACCCCCAGCAGCACCAGCCCCAGCACUCCCACCACCCUGGAGCCGGCUCCCACCACGGGGGCCCCAACGCCGGCCUGUCCUCCUCCCCUAGCGCCAUCCUGGAGCGCCGCGACGUCAAGCCCGACGAGGAGGUUUCUGGGAAGAACCUUAUGCUGGUAAAGGAGGGGUUGUACGCCGACCCCUACAGCCUGGUACACGAGGGCCGCCUCAGCAUCGCCUCCACACAGUCGCUGGCCGCCAUCGGAGACUCCUUCGGCUUCCCCGUGUCCGGUGGGCUGUACCGCCGCGGCUCUGUGCGCUCCCUCAGCACCUACUCUGCUGCCGCCUUGCAGGGGGAGCUGGAGGACGCCCUGUACAAGCCUGGAGGUCCCCUCUACUCCGACUCCUACUCCUCAGCCACACUGGGCAUGGGCUUCCGCAUGCCCCCCUCCUCCCCGCAGAAGAUCCCUGAUAUGCAGCUGAGGGACAGGGGGGACUCGUACUCUAGCUCCCCCAGCCGAGCCUCCCCGGUCAGGCAGACCUUCCGCAAGGACUCAGCCUCCUCUUCCGUGUUUGUGGAGAGCCCCAAGUCCAGGCCCAGCUCCAGCUCUGACCCUCUGGCCCUGCAGGCCGGGCCGGGAGGGGACGGGAGCAGGUUUGCGCCCGGAUACAGCUCCCUACUCCAUGGAGAGACUUCUGAGUCCAGGGACCGUGCGGACCGUCUGGAUCGUAUGGAGGCCAUGGAGAAACAGAUAGCCAGUCUGACAGGCCUGGUUCAGAGUGUGCUGACCAAAGCACCCGACAGUGACAGCACAUGCGGCCUACUGCGUCUCUGCAUGAUGGCGGGCUGCCCUCCGGACCAGGGCUCGGAGUUCUCACGGCCCUUCCCUUUCUCUUCCAGCGAGAAGACCGAAUCCAACAGCGACGGCUCCGCCACUGGAAUUGGACGGCAGAAGCGGAAAGUUCUGACGCCGUCGGCCCCGCUGGCUCUGAUGCCCCCCCCUCCCGCCGGAGACAGCCAGGUCACCACCGUCACCCGGCUGCAGAUGCAGCUUCACCUCCACGCCCUGCAGCAGAACGCCACCGACCUGCGCAAACAACUCUCCCAGCUCCGCAAGAUGCAGGUGAAAACGACUGGGCCUACUCUCAAUGCAUCUAUUAGUACGGCUGUUUACACAAACACGCACGCGUGCAGGCACAAGGGCACGUGCACACACUCACAUACAUACAUACACACACACACACAAUAA